AUGAGAACAGCUGGUUCGUGGUGGGCAGACGCCUUGUCUCGACGGUACGGUAUAACAACACUCCCAUUAUCUUCUCUGCUCGACAUUUUGACACCUCAGCAGCAUUCCUCCUACCCUGUAAACAGCUAUGAUCCCUUUGCAGGCAAAGACCUCGAAGCUGGCACAAAGGAGGAGUCGACCAGGGCGGGAAUCAGUCUCCAUCCACUGCGAUCCAGCACAUCGACAACCCACUGGGCCGAGUUGAAGCCUGCUGGACUCGAGAACUACAACGCGAAGAUGAAGCACAGGGAAGAGCCGGAGAAAUAA